GGGUUCUGGGUUCAAUUGUUAACUUCGCUCCAUCUGUGUGAAGUUUGCAUAUUUUCCCCAUGUCACAAUUUCUCCCGCAGUUAAAAUGGUGCCUCGGCCGUGGUGUACGAUUACUUCUAGGCCGAAGCCCAGCCUGGGGCCCUGCUAUGGCUGGGAUACGCUUCAGGCGACCCUGCUCCAGAUAAGCGGCUACAAGAUAUAUGGAGAUGCGGUUCUCCGCUAGUAGGUGCUGUUUCCACAGACAAGUCACCAUGCUACCGGGCUCGUUGAAUGUUAUCGAAUGUUGUCGAGCUGAGCCUAAUCGGGGACAAGGCAAGAAUUACGGGCGUUCUCGCUGCACCGAAAGAUGGGAUUUCUUUCCCACUAGCAUUGCCUUUCAGUCUGCUGCUCCUGUCCUGCUUACCACGCUGGUUUUCUUUUUGCAGGAGCGUAACUUUUCUUUCCCCCCCGCCAUCACAUUAGUAAGUUUCAUUUUGUAAUGCAGUCCGUUAACCACAGUUGGCCGGGAUAGCGGAUUUUACAACCCAGACGGAAGAGCAAUCAGUCCUCGGAUUCUUUCACCCGGCUCAUCUGUAUACGAUACACAGCAGUUGCUGGCGGGGGGGGGUUCCAGUGGCAGUUGCCGGUGACUCCGCCGUCGGUGGUGUGAACGCCAAUGCAGCCUAUAGCGCACACGGUUGAUCCCGGUCACUGGUAUUAAACGCGGAGCCCUAGAGCCGCCUGCCCGCCUCCGUCCCGCGUUAUAAGCAGAGAAGCGGAGCUGCUCCGCCAGCGCGACGCCACAAUGUUGCAGGUGCUGUCUUGCGGCGUCGUACUUUUCCCCGGACUCUUUUUCACCUUCAGAAAACUACUGCCCUGUGCUUUUAAAAAGUGGACAGAUGCGGACGUGGUCCUGGUCAGCGAGAGAUUGGUGUCCACCAUCCACGCCAUCAUGGCUACCAUAGCAGGCUAUAUUGUGGUGUCGUCCUGCAACAACGUGAUAACUGACCGGCACUGGCUUGCCAUGUACUUUGUGAUGUGGUACGGUGUGCCAUACAUGACCUAUGACAUCUUCGCCAUGUAUAUGAGCCACUAUUACCGCUUCCGGGUCAAAGGGCACGAGGAGUACAAGGCACAUUCGUUCAGAACGGUCAACGCAUUUCUCCGCCGAGAGUUCCAGCUGGUGCUGCACCAUAUCGCACUGCUCACCCUGCUGCUUCCUGUCACAAUGUUUUUCAGGAGUGGACUGGGGGACUUCUUCAUCGGGUGCCUGUUUUUGACGGAGCUCAGCACCCCGUUUGUCUCCCUGGGGAAGAUCCUGAUCCAGCUGAGUCUUCAGGAGUGCUGGGUACACAAGGCAAAUGGCAUCCUGGUGCUGUUGAGUUUCUUCAUGUGCCGCAUCGCGCUCUUCCCCUACAUGUACUGGGUGUACGGCCGGCACUACGGCAUCCCGCUCUACAGCGUGCCCUUCCACGUGCCCUUCUACGCUAACCUGGGGAACGCGUGCAUCCUAGGACCGCAAGUCUACUGGUUUGUGCUUCUCUGCCGGAAGGGCUACCGGCUGUACAAGCGGCAGAGCAAGACACGGGACUCCAUUACUGUGACGGACAACUCCAAGAAAGACGAGUAGAUCCUGCUACUGCCACAAUCACGGCUACUAUUACCAUGACUAUCUUUCACCUACCGAUGGAAACGCAAAGCCGGCAGGAACUACAAUCCAGGAAACGGCCCUCUUUCCAAGGGCACCCAACGUUAAUCCACAAAAAAAAGGAACACCUUUGAGUUUCGCUGAAUGGAUCCCUAUGGCUGUGGAUUUAUGUAUUUCCUGGUCUUGUUUAGACCAAGUUUCCUUGUUCCACUGUAGAAGCAGGAAGUAAGAGGUCAGUCAUGCAGGGCUAUGCUGGUUACUUUUGCCAAGUCCCAAGUCCCAGCUGUUGAGUUCCAAUUAGGGGCCUGUUGAACGAUGUGCUUGCUAACACUCACACUCCAUGCCUGUGCUUGUGCUGUGCAUCACAUUAGGGGCUGCAUUGUCGUUUGGAGGCCGUAAGUUGAGCUCACCACUCACCAGCAUUUCUGUACAAAUCCUGUGGUGUAACUUCCUAACUGAGACCCCCCCCCCCCCGCCACCGCUGGCAAUGCAGUCCUUGCAUCCUUCACAGCGGAAGUCUGUGCAAACCCUAUGCUCUCCUGCCCCUGUUUAUGAGCUUCCGUUUUGCAUUAAAAGCGCAGGACAUUGACAUUGACAUUGGCCAGCAUCAUGGAUUAAUGGUCACAUGCAGUGGAUGAUCCCACAAAAUUCCCACCACAAUUUUCUCCUUUGCUCUUUUAGAAGACUCCUAUUGCAUGGGUUCAAUAAAAAAAAGAAAUCGAUGAGCCUGCUGCAAAUGCAGUAGAAAACAACUCUCUUAAAGAUCAAAAAGACAGUUGCAUCAAAGUAGUUUCUAUUAUGGGUCUGUGUGUGUGUGUGUGUGUGUGUGUGUGUGUGUGUGUGUAUGGUAGGGAGUUGAUUUAUUAAUUUUUUUUUUUUCCCCUUCCCUGGUUGGGAAUUUAAACCUUUUUUUUGUCAUGAUGAGCAGCACAUUUAUAAUUAAGGAGAUAAGGGAAGGAGAGUCACUCUGCUAGUAAGCUUCAGUGUAUUUAGGUCCAGUUACUCCAGUAAGUGAUGAAUUAGCUCUGAGAUCACUCUUAACAUCUAAUUUUAGGUGAGUGUCAUGUCUGUUUGAAUGCAUAGUUAAUGAACAUGUGAACUGAAUGUGCUGAAUACAAUCACUUAUUCAUAUUUCGUAUCUGCAGGAGGGAAUAUUGUUUCACGUACUGAUAUGUCGCUGUCAAAAGCAUGUGCAAUGCUUAUAGCAUUUUGAGUGAUUUGGUGUUAUCCGCUCAGAGUUGCCACAAAUCAGGGCUGUUGUGAAUCAAGCUGAAAGCUUGCGCGAAUAUGUCAUAUAAAACGCAUGUUUUUAUACAGUCGACAGGACCAUUGUCAUCUGUAUGAGGAUGUUUCUGUCUUUGUGACUUGACAACGAAGCAUACUCAUUUUAUUUAUUUAUUUUAUUUAUUGAUUUGUUGUUUUUGGGACCAUUAAAUGCUAAGAUGGGGGGGUCUGCUGGACGAAUGCAUUUAGUGACGAGUGAUCACCUGUUGCUGCAUGUGAACAGUAUUAGCUGUAGAAACCACAGAUGCAUCUCCCAAAUUGCCCUGGCGCCACAAAGCAGGCAAACCUAAAAAAGCAGCACAUUAGCUGCAGCAACGUUAAUGUCAGUAGUGGAUUGUUCCAUAAUAAUGCAGUGAGAUUUCACGGAACACCAUAGUUGAAUUUGCUCUCUAGAACUAGACCCAAGACUUCUUACCAAAUACCUUUUUGGAAUUUAAGAUGCGUGUCCAUUAUGAAUGUGACCUGACUGUGUCCUAUAGCUAUUUUCUUUGCAUUAUCCAUCAUUUGCCUGUGACUUGGGAAUAUUGGGGUUACAGGCAUAAAAAAAAGAAACGUAUAAUUUUAUCUUUGACAUUUUGAAUGUUUCCUCCUUUCAUUCGCUGAGCCAUUUAUUGAUUCUUUAGCCGUGUCUAAUUUGACGAGAAUUCUUAGCUAGUGGGCAAUUGACUUCACAAACACUCUGCCGAACCCCUGUCUGGUUCGGCCUCAUUCUGCCCUCAGAAAUCUGGACCGUCUCCGCUAGUUAUCAUUGGGCUACCAUCUCUGCCCCCUUUGCGCCAGACCUGAGCUGAAUGUCCUGUUCGUUUAUCUUCCCACCCACCCGACUAAGGCCUAGUGCGACUCUGUCCAGGCGUAUGUAUGUGUACGGCUGCUCGCCUGAUUGUCGUGGUACUGAAUCGCCUCGUCUGCUCUGAUAUGGAUAAGCGUGUGUCUCGUUAUUCUCUCAGAAAUGCACCUCAGUCAUUAACUUAUUCCAGCUUUUCACUCCUACAUGAGUACGUUGGGUUGGCUUCCCUGACAGGUGCCUUGGCGAUAACACCAGAUAGUUGGGGGGUAAACUGAUACUCUCCGUCCGGCAAUAAGGAGGCACAGUCUUGUUAAGGUUACUGUGGAUUGUUGCCUCAGAACUGAUGCCAUCUUGUCUGCGGUGGUAUUAGGGCGCAGGGGAAACUAGCCUUGCAGAACUGGCAUGGUACUUUCUCCCAGUUCGUGACCCAUAGAACUCAGCCAGGUGGGAGUUUUCUGGGGAUUGUCUUACUGGGUGAAUUGUUAAUUGCUGACCACUUGUGAGUCCUGGCCGCCCUGUCGUGCAAUCCCCUUAGCUCAGACUUUCUCGGCAGGAAGUUGUUUGUUUAGCUAAUACACCGGCUGGGUUCUGAUGAGAGUGGCUGCUUACAGCAGCUGUCUUGUCCUCGCAUCUCAACUGGUGGGACAGGAGGUUGGUCAUCAACCCUGGGCAGCACCACUGAAACAGCAACUGACUUGGUAAAUUUGACUUUCGCAACCUCUUUGGAGUGAAAGGAUCGGUAUGUACGGUCAUUAAUUCUUCAGUGACCCUGAUAAUGUUACUGAUCUUCCUGAGGAGCCCAAAUGUUCCAUGAAGUUUGGUGAUUAAGUGGAAGUAAUGAUGGUCGUUAUAGUAAAUUUCCCAUUUGAGUCUUCGUGUGACUGUCAAUGGCAGUCUGCAUUAUUAGGUAGGAAGGCAUGGAUUAGGCAUUUUUGAUAUACUUUUAAUGGUAUUUUUCAUUUACAGUAUCAUCUUAAAAUUUCAGCUUGGUGCCAUAGAGCCAUCCUUUCUUAGCUCUGGGUUUGGCAAGCUGUAGACAUAUCUGAUAUCCAAGUUUUUUUUUAAACUGAAUAAAAAAAUGAAGGCACCUCACAUUUCAUACUUUGUAGUAUUUAACUUGCAAUGUUUAGCAAAAAGAAAAAAGCUCGUGCAGCUCCCUUCCAGAAAAUUCUUCUGCAUUUCAUCCUUAUUGUCGCUCUCCUACUAUCUUGAAGGUAAACAACUCCUCCCUUUUUUGCAGAACACAUAGUUAAGGCCUGCAUCUUAAUGUACACAUGUACUGUAGUCCUAGUUACAAUUAACUAAUAUGAUGACCCUGGAAAUGGCAUUUAAAAAGUGAACCUGGAACCAAAAGGUGUUUCAUGGUUACGAAAUUGCAAUCCAUACUCCUGUGAGUGGAAACGGGUAGUUGAAGAUACGUGGCAGGCCUUCAAAUCUUCAUCUCAGUGGCCUCCACACUACCACUAUUUUGACGCCAUUAUGAUGUACAUCAGUUCAUAGCGAUAUCGUUACUAUACAUCUGUUUACUGAAAAAGCUGAUGUAUCACGGACAAGGAGCAUUUUUAUUUUUUUUGAGAUCCAAGGGUUCACCAAGAAAGAUGAAUGGAAAGAUCAAAUGAUCCAUUGUGAUUGCUUAAAAAAUGACCGUCAAGGCUACGUAUUGAAGGCUGGAGAGAAAACCAAAUUUAUAGAGAGUGCCUUUUAAAUCUAUAGAACCAGCAAUUCAAAACAGAUAAGUGGUGGCAGGUAGUCUUGUCGCUGUAUUUGUGUCUACUUAAUUUCAAAAGGUGAUGUGGUUAUGUGACCUGGAAGUUUGUAACAUGAACAAGCCAGGUAUUUUUGCUGUGUGCAUGGUAGUUAUGUUUAAUAUCAUCUGUUACAAGCCCUGUCAAAACAGAAUUAUUUCUAUUAUACGUCUACGUUUCAGGGUGGAGGGGUCAUUCUGGGUCAUUCUGUUUGAACUUGCGUUCAAAGGUCGUGUGGCACGCUCUACCUUUUUGUUCUCUGCUUUUAUUCCCUUUUCUCUGCUUAUGUGUCAUUUUUUUUUAAGCUCUACACAUCACUCUCAGCUGAAAUUUCACACUGUCUUGCUAUUUUCUUCUUUGGCUGCAGAAUUUAUUCACUUGAAUUGUCAAGAGCCACGUACUGGACUCGCAACUUUUAACGCUUCCUGCCACUUGUUACUUUUGAUAACAUUUUGGAUAGUUUCAUAUAUGCACUCAGAGGCCGUUUUAUUAGGUACACCUGCUCAUUAGCGCAAACAACCUGCUCCUCCAACCAGCGAAUCAUGUGGCCGUAACUCACAAUAUGCUGCACAUAGGCAGGGUCAAGAGGUUCAGUUACUGUUUGACUAUGUAGUUAAGAAGACUUGAAUUUGGUGUGAUUGUAGGUGACUGAUUUGCUGACUCCAGUAUCUCAGAAAUUGCUAUUCUCCUGGGCUUUUCACAUACUACUGUAUCUAGAGUUUACAGAUAAUAGUGUGAUGAACAAAACCAAAACAUCCAGUCAAUGGUGGUUCUAUGCCUAAGUGAGAGAUCAAAAGAGAGUGGCCAUUCUUGUUGGAGCUAGCAGGAAGGUCACAAUUGCAAGUAGUUUGGGAGGAAAAAGUGGGUCAUACUCAGUAGUAGCUAGGUGUGCCUAAUGAAGUGGCCACUCAGUUAGUGUGUGUGUAUAUAUAAUAUCAAAUUUGAUAUAUUCAUAGGUAUAUUUUGUUUGUAAUGUGCCCUUUUGAGAAUUAUUAAAAGAAUAAGUUAAUAUAACUAGCAUAACUUUGUUGAAGAAUUAUGAUGUUGCAGCUUGUAAACCAGGCACCCCUGUAGAAAAAAUAAAUCUUGAUUUGAUGAAUCCUUUUAAA